UCGUAUUAGUGCCUGAGGGACCACACACUGCUAAGUGUGUGAUCGCAGGGGAGGUCUCAACCAUGGGCUUACUCUCCCAGGGGCUGAUAGCACUUGGUCUCUUUUUGGCUGGGAUUGUACGAGCCCUCACAGAUCUGUUAGUCAAAAAGCCUGCGUGGGCCAGGUUAGAGGUUCUGGAAGAUGCAGACAUCAGGACAACAGGAGUUACAAUAUCAGAUGAGAAGAUUGUGAAGGGGAAAAGUCUGUGGGAGAACUCUGGGGCUGUGAUCAUGGCAGUCCGGCGACCAGGAUGAUUUUUGUGCAGAGAGGAGGCCUCUGAGCUGUCCUCUCUGAAGCUCCAGCUGGACAAGCUGGGUGUCCCCCUGUAUGCGGUGGUGAAAGAGAACAUUAAAACCGAGAUACAGGAUUUCAAAGCCUUUUUUGCUGGGGACGUGUUUGUGGAUGUGACGAAAACCUUCUAUGGCCCUGUCCUGCGCCACAUGGGAUUCUGGGGUCUCCUUCGUAUUGGGGUGUGGAGGAAUUGUCAUCGGGCCUACAGAAAAUGCUUUUCUGGAAACCUUAAGGGAGAAGGCUUCAUUCUGGGUGGGGUCUAUGUAAUUGGACCAGAAAAACAGGGUAUUCUCUUGGAACAUCGUGAGAAGGAGUUUGGAGACAGAGUCAACCUGCUGGCUGUCCUCCAAACAGCACGCAAGAUUAAGGAGACUGUGAAAUAGAUUAUGCCACACUUUUUGUGUGUCCAGUAGAGCUAACAUAAAAACAUUGUUUUGUGUAGGCUAGGUGUAGGCCUAAUAACUUCUGAAUGUAUAUUAACUAGAACAUGGCUGCUACACACAAACAAAGGUCAUAUUUGUAGACUACAACAUUCUAGUGAAGUAUACAAGUCUGAGGUCUAUUUCAAGUACCCCGCUGGUGCUAAAGAAAGUCUGAAUGUAUCUAUGAAAGCCUGUGUUUAAACUCUAAAGAGCAGCCAGGUUUGAUGCUCAUACAAGCAGUCUUUCAUUAGCAGCAGUGGCCACUUGAUUCUAUUUUUUAGACAAUGUAUUAAUUGUUUUGUGUAUAUUCAAGUGUAAUGCUGACCACUUAAUAAAUUUGACAGUGAACUGUCUCACA